AUUUUUGAGAAAGGGCCGGUUUUGAAAAUUUUGUGAUUCAACUGGUAACAUCUCAUCUGUCUCUCUCUCUCAGAGAAAUGGCGACUGGAGGAAAGGUGUCAUUCAAAGUGACCCUGACAUCGGAUCCAAAACUCCCCUUCAAAGUUUUCAGUGUUCCGGAGACGGCGCCAUUCACUGCAGUGCUAAAAUUCGCUGCUGAGGAGUUCAAGGUUCCUCCUCAAACUAGCGCGAUCAUCACCAAUGAUGGUGUUGGUAUUAACCCUCAGCAAAGUGCAGGUAAUGUCUUUCUUAAACAUGGCUCAGAACUGCGCCUGAUACCUCGAGGCAGAGUUGGAGCUCAAGAUGCGUCAUUUUAGAUUGAACAACCAGUCUACAAGCUACAAAAAUCCUUUCAACUUAGCUAUUCUUAGCUUUCUUGAUGUUUUCCUUUGAUUAACGGUGUUUGAUACUUCAUACUUGAAUAGCUGGUGCACAGUAAAAUAUGUCCUCUUGUGUUUAUCUUCUGUUCCUUUAUAAAUUGUGAUACAUAUCAGUUCAUAAACAAUGUAUGGAAAAAUAUGCUAUACAACGAUUAAUAAAGCAUUAUAAAUUUUUAUGAUCA